AUGGCAUGUGAUGCACAAGGACAUGUCAUCCGUGACAGGAGUCAAGAUCAAGGACAAGAAACCCAAUCUAUUACAAGCAAUGAGGACUGCUUAGAAAGCCACACCUACAAUAGAAGGGAAACACUACUCGAGGAUCCAGAACACCAAGUUACCCUUCGCAUUUGGGAGCUUAAAGACCUCUCAGUUGUGAGCACCUGGAGCCAAGCCCAGAGAGAGGCUGCACUUCAAAUCCAAAAGCAGAUGAUGGAGGAUUAUGAUCAUGUCACCCAGCUCUACAAUACUACCCUCCAGAAGAGUCGAGAGGAGAAGGCUACAUAUGAUGACAAUAUCAGCCAGCUACAAGAGGUUAUCCAAGCUCAUGAGCAGACAAUGGCAGGACAAGCUGCUGUUGUGAAAUAUCUUGAAAAUGAGAAGUCAAAAAGCAGCACUACUCGCAAUAGAGAAUCACACCAGAAAUCCACCAAGAUCCCGGACCCUCCUACUCUCACAGACGGAAUAGAGCCAGCUUAUGACGAUUGGAGCAUUAAGAUAAAGAUGAAGCUUGAGGCGAACCUUGACCAUUUUCCUACUCCAGCCCUUCAGAUGGGUUAUGUGCAAAGCAGACUAGGUGGCAAAGCCUCCUCUCACAUCAAUCCAUGCCUUCGAUCUACUCAGAACAAGUUUCAAACUGUAGAGGAAAUGUUUGAAGUCCUAGACAGAGUCUUCAAUGAUAGGCAGAGUUUCAGAGACUCACUGUUGAACUGGAUUACUCAGAAGAGACCCUCAUCGAUGACCUCUGCACGAGAUGCAGACUGCUUUAAUAGCAGAGAUAAAUCCAAGCUCUCUUCAUGCCUUUGCACAAAAGUGCUUACUGAUUGA